GAAACUGAAGACAUGCAAUCAAAAUCUGACAGUGGGAACGAGAUCGUUUCGGAUGUGCAUCAUAAUACAUCAUCGUCGUCGAUAAAUAGUUUAAACCCUUGGCAUCGUGCUGCUGCUGCCUGCAAUGCAAAUUCUAUUGUGGAAUCUGGAGAUAAGUCUUGCAAGUCGAUACCUUUGGAAGAUCAAAACAAAUGGGAAUCAAACGAGUCGAAAUCACCACCAGAUAAUAGAGAUGAGAAUGUUACAACUUCUCCACAAUCAGCUGGAGAUCAAGAGCUUAUGAAUCCUGGCAUUACACGAUCUCCUCACCCUCAACUUGUUGGCCACACAGUUGGAUGGGCAUCCUCAAAUCUAUACCAGGAACCAUAUUAUGCUGGAAUGAUGGGAGCUUAUGGACAUCAUCCCUUGGCUUAUGUUCCAUAUGGUGGGAUGCCGCAUUCAAGAAUGGCACUGCCUCCUGAGAUGGCACAAGAACCAGUUUACGUGAAUGCUAAACAGUACCAGGCGAUUCUGAGGCGAAGGCAGGCACGGGCCAAGGCAGAGCUAGAGAAGAAGCUAAUAAAAUCCAGAAAGCCGUAUCUCCACGAAUCUCGGCAUCAGCAUGCUAUGAGGAGGCCAAGGGGUACCGGAGGACGGUUUGCGAAGAAGACAAACGCCGAAGCUUCGCAACAUAAAGCUGGCGAAAAGAGUAGUUCUCGUCUUACUCAGUCUCCGACGUCAUCUAACUCUGAUCAACCUGAAGCUUGGAAUGAUGAGUGUAGAACAGAUCAGUCCGAUGAGAUGCAGAGCUCAGCUUAUAAGAGAAGGGAAGAAGGAGACUGUUCAGGGCAACAAUGGAACAGCAUUUCCUCAAACCAUCCUUCUCAAGCUCGUCUAGCCAUCAAGUGA